CUACCCUGAAACGUGAGGUUGGGGCCUUGGCUUGUAAGCGUCUGAAGGGGCGCCAUACAUACGAUGUCCUUUCAAAAGCACUGCAUGAUGUACAUGUGCAGUACAGGAUCCACAACAAAGUUAUGUGCACUACUACAGACAAUGGCUCCAACUUUGUGAAAGCAUUCAGAGUUUUCAUGGCCAAAGAACCAGUGGAAGCUGCAGGCACCAGUGAUGAUGAUGGUGAUAACCAGGAGGAGGAGGAGGCUGAGGUGGAGUUUGUGCCUAUCUGUGAGAUCCUGGACACAGGACCUGAGGCAGAGGAAGAAGCUGUAGACUCAGGAGAGGAUUUUGUUUUACCACCACACCAGAGAUGUGCUAGCCACACCCUCAACCUUGUGGCAACACAAGACAUAGAGGCCAUGCUUUCUGACUCCUCCAAAAGUAGUCUUCUUGGUCCUUUCAAGAAACAGUUUCGUUCCUUGAUGGGAAAGUGCAGCAAGUUGUGGUCCAAGCAGAACCAGUCAGCCCAGAUUGCUGAGUAUAUCCAUGCGCAAUGUGGUGUGUAUCUGAAGGUACCGAAUAAGACCAGGUGGAAUUCCACCUUUGAUGCGUUGAAGCAACUACAUGAGCUCCUGUCAACUGUGCCACUAAAAAUGCAUGCCAUAAUGGACUGCUGCUCCUUGUCCAGGAUCACAGCUGCUGAGAUUGAAGUGGUACAGGAAUACACAGAGAUUAUGGAGCCACUAGCCCAGUCCCUAGAUAUCCUGCAACGGGAGAACGGCAUGUUCAUGGGGUAUUUGCUACCAACGCUCUGCAAUCUGGACCGCAAGUUAGAAGGACUGGAAAACAAACCUGAGAGGUACACAUACUGUUUUCAGCUGCUGAGAGGUGUGCGCGAAGCCCUAAGAAAGCGGUUUGCAGCUAUCUGGGAGGACAAGAGGCUUCUUCUGGCAGCCUGCCUACACCCUCACUUCAAACUAGAUUGGCUGGAAUCGUGUCAGGCCACCACCCAUACCAACAAAUACACAAUGGAAGCCUUGUUGAAAGCUGAAAUAAAGAUGGGUGAAGCUGAAUCAGAGCUCCCUGAAGUCAAUGGAAGCCCUUCAGGGGACUUUAGCUCACACUCCAAAUCAAUGCAGGUUCAUUCUUUCCUCUUGAGUUUCCUGCUUCUCUCAAGUAUUAGCAUUACCCUGUGCUAG